AUGUCACCGCCACCUCAAGAUUACAUGUACGAUCAACCGGCAUCAACGACCAGCGCUUCCCAGCCACGUCCACCGACUUAUAACGGUUACGAUCAAUCUGCUACGAAUCACACCAAUGUACGACCCGCAAACGGAAUCUCUGUAAAUACGACAAAUCUACCACUUAGCACUCCAAAAAUCCUUAACACCAUCAGUCACGAAUGGGGAAAGAUCUUAUGUGUAGCCGAUGUGCGGGGAAACAUCUCGCAAUUUAAUGUUCUCGCCGAGCAAACUGGCGCGACAGCUAUAAUUCACUCUGGAGAUUUUUAUUUUUAUGAGACCUCAAGUUUAGAAAGAAUCAGCGAUAGAACACUUCGUCACAUAAUAUUAUAUUCUACACUAAUACAAGCCCCACUUCGUGCCCAACUCGCAAACUCCACCGACGAGGAAGUUCGUCGUCAGAUUAGGGAAAGUGAAGAGCCACUAUUAUCUGAAUUUCCCAAAUUUCUCGACGGUUCCUGUCAACUGAAUGUCCCUGUCUACACUGUCUGGGGAGCAUGCGAGGAUGUAAGAGUAUUGGAGAAGUUUCGGAUGAAAGAAUAUGAAAUUCGAAACUUAUUUAUUCUUGACGAGAGUACUUCAUAUUUAAUCGAUGUGGGAAACGUGAAUCUGAGAUUGUACGGGUUAGGGGGAGCUGUUGUACCGCAUAAGCUGUUCGAUAAUGGGGAAGGGAUUGGUACGAUCGCAGGUGGAGCAGGUACUAUGUGGACUACUAUCCUGCAAAUUGGUGAACUCGUCGACACUGCCCAAAGGAAUUAUGAUCCCACCGAAACGAGAGUAUUAGUCACUCAUGCAAGUCCCGGACGAUAUGGGCUGUUAACCCAAUUGGCGAUAUCGCUUAGGGCUGACUUCACUAUCUCAGCUGGUCUUCAUUUCCGCUAUGGAAUUUCAUAUAACGAGUUCUCCGUACAAAGUGAUCAGGAAAGUUUCAGAACAAAAUUAGAAAACUCGAAAAGAACAUUUUUUGAAACGUACCAGACUAUUAAGUCACAAGUCGAAGCCAAAAUUGAUGCCUCACAAAAAAAUUUGUUGGACAACGCCUUGGGCGUUAUUAACCGUGUACCUACAGCCGAUAGAGACAAGGAAGAGCCGGCAUUCAAGAAUAUGUGGAAUUUUAAUCUGUCGGAUGCUGCUUUUGGAUACGUGUUACUGGAAGUCAACAACGGCCGAAUAUCAGCGGAGACUAAAGCUCAAGGUUUCAAUUUCACCUAUCGCCGGACCAACGGUCAAAUUGGUGCAAAUUCGCGGACUCAUGCCACACCACAAACUCCAUCAAGCCCUAACCCAUCGUCUCCUGUACUUACUCGUCAAGCUCAUUGGCAGCGAAAUACCGCAUCUCCUGGGUUGCGACCCCAACACUCAGCUAAUCGCGAUCCAUCACCAUUACGUUCGUCUUCACCGUUGACAAUGGGUAGCGGCGGAGCGAGUGCCACCGGUGCUGGUAGUAACGCCAGGAACACGAAUACGAGUGAUAACGUCGAUAGAGGUGACGUUACUGACUACACCACAAACUCAACGUCAGUCGGAAUUGCUACUUGGACUGAAUCUUCGGUUGACGUCGGACAACAGAGAACUAUAGUAGAAAGCAGCUCACAAUCGUACCCACUCGGCGAAUAUAAACCUGGCGAUUCAGCACCCUACGAUGUGACUCAUCAGACGUGGGCUGAUCAGACUACCAACGAACUCGCAAGAGAAGAUGGAUAUGGUAGUAUGAUGAAGGGGAACGAUGACCGGGAUACAGACGGACAAGGACAACACGAUGAGGACGACAGGACAGAGUCAGGACGAUCGAGCUCUUACGGAAACCGUGAAGGACAAGGGAACAGAUAUGAAAACAGAGGUUGUACAGUAUACGUCGCAAAAAUAGCACCCGAAACGACUGAAGAGGAAUUAAGAGAAUUCUUUGGUGGUGAUGCAGCGGGGGUUGAAAAGAUCACUUUUGCGGACAUGAAUAAUCCACGAAGGAAAGACUCUGCGUACGUUGAUUUCGUAGAUAAGGAGUCAUACGAGCGUGCACUUCAGCUUGAUGGACAGAGUUUAGGAGGCAAUGAGCUAACUGUAAACCCAAAGAGAUAUUACCCAAAUAAUAGAAACGGUUAUGGCGGCGGACGACGUCCUGGGGGUCACCGAAAGAAGGAUUGA